CCCAGGAGCUGCAGGGAGAGCAGUGCCCCAGCCUACACCUUUGGGAGGAAGACCCCCCCGCGAGAGGGGGGAGGUCGCAGAGCGUGGCAGAAAUCCUGGUUCCAGAGCAAAAGCCCCUUUACCAGGAAGGCGGAUUUCAACACGGAGAGCAACUGGCCAUCUCCAUUCCACUACACGCAGCCCUCGACCUUGGGCCCCCGGCAGGCCAGCAGGCCAGGCUGCCCGAGCUUCAGCAUCGGGAGGAAGGGGAAGUUCAGCCUGGUCAGCAAAGAAGCUCAAGCUGAUCCAGCACCGAACAAAUAUAACACAAGCCCAGCGUACGUCCAGGUGUUUCAGUCCUCACCUUCUUACUCCAUACGAAAACGGCCACAGGGGAGUCAUCUGGGAAGCACAGGGCCAGGCCCCGCAGCGUAUGAUGUUGAGAAGGGGCAUUCAGCUCGGCUGCCCAGCUCCCCCAGCAUCAUCAUCCAGGGCACCAGGAGACCCAAGAGACAUGAAACUGGGCCCUUCACAACUCUCUGAACAAGGGCUACAACCCCCAAGUACCUGCUCAGCUUCAUCUACGUGGCAGCUGCCUCUGUAGCACCUUCAUCUCAAGAGGCUCCAACUUACAGCCAAAGCUUUACCCAGUCAGCCCCCAGCUGGUGAUUCUAAUGUGAAAUAACCUGUUUACUCUGACAGGACAAGCCCAGUGCACCUAGGAAGAGAACAGGCAACAUCUGCUCCUAGAACUGGAGGGUGCGACCAUUCACUGUAUACAUUUAGUCACAAUAAACCCCUCCGAUUGAAUUGGACAAGGUGCUUAUUCCAUACUAAGCUGGCUGGGUCCAACCUCCAGCCGCCCAGGCUGAGUCCGGAGCGCUCACUUUACACCUGUUACUAAACUCGAUUUGUCCAAGUACUUUGAAGUUGGCUGGGCAUCCAGUAGUGACUUUCAACUCAAGGGCAGAGGCCUGCAAUCUCAGAAUGGGGCUGUAUCCCAUUUCAUCACUAGCACAGGUGAAGAGGUUCAUCACUUAACCACACCGGCACGUGAGCUAGCUGCCAAGCAAUCGGCCUACAAUAAGUUUUGAAGGGAGCCAUAUUGUGGAAGGUGGUCAAGGCCAGCGCUUCAUUCUAUUAACAAAGGAGCAGGGUCUGGGUGCAGAAGGGAGCUGGGGUAAGGGUACAGGGCUGUGGCACAGGAGGGGGCAGGGGUUUGAGAGCUAGGACAGGAGGUUCCCUGGAGCAGAGGAUUGGGGUGCAGGAGGGAGGGGCUGGGGUGCCAGAGGCUGUCACUAGGAAACUUACCUGAGUUACUCCCAGCCACCAGCCCAGCACGUCUGAGGCAGGCUCCCUGACCAGACUGCAGAGGGCAGGCACAAAUAACCAGGAGCUGGAGAGAUGUGGUUCUCUGGGUGCUGCCUGGUUAUUUUUCAAACAGGCAGCUCCCAUUGGCCAGGAACCAGCCAAUGGGAUUGUGCUGGGGGCAGAGGCAUUUCUUGAAGCCUCUCCCCUCUGGGCUGUCAUGAAAAAGGGCCCAGCUGCUGCAUUUCUUGUGGGGAGAGGCAAGCAAGGAGCCUGCCUAAGGUGGGGGGCCAGAUCCAGCCCAAGAACUGUAUGUAGCCCAGCCCUCUUAAGCCAUUCUCCAUGGCCUACACGUAGCAUCACUAACACUGGUACCUUGUGUUCCACACCGCGAGGGACCGUUUCUCUUAGAAUUGGAGGCCAUUUCUGUAGCAUCUCCCCCACUCCACAAUGCAGGGACUGACUGUCAAGGCCAACUCGUUUUAAUGCAGCUAGUAGAGUUU